UAAGGUUGCUAUGGUAAUAUGCUUAACGCGUUGCUUUAUGAAGUCCAAGCACGCGUCGAAUUCAUCCAAGAACCAUAACAUUGUUAUAACAUUGAACAACACAAUCUUUUAGAAAGCACGAUGAUUCCUCGUGGAAAUGAGCGCGCAUUGAGCAAGAAACCAAACCCUUGGGAACGCUUGAGAAAAUCGACGCGUUUUACUGCUAACAGCGUCCAAGAACAAAAGCGGAAAAGUGUUAUUGAGCAAAACCGCGGUGGAACGACGGAAAUGAGUCGUGUUUUGGAUGAGGCUGCAUACCUAGAGUGGAAAACUAAGCUUGAAGGCGAUGCUGAACGGCACAGCGUUAACGUCGACGAUUUAGACCACUUACUGGAGGAAUUUGAAUCCAGCUGAGAAUGACGUUGUAAGAAAAGAUUUCUACGACUUCAUUAAUCUGUUACGUUUUAUCUAAUUUAUUUAUUUGUGAUGCAUGCCUUGUGGAAUUGGAGCAAAUAAAUACGAAGUGCAUUACCGAGUAUCUUUGAUGUGCUAAACGUUACAGGCAAUAUAGAGAGAAAAGAAAAAGGUAUAUAUAUACACACUCGAAGAUUCUGUUGAGUGUUCUUUCAUUGCAGAGGACAUGAUGGUGGAAUAGACGAUUUCAUCAAUUGUUCCGGCAAUGGCAAUUCCUGAAUCUUUUCCACAAGAUCACACACUUUUUGGCGGUCUUUUAUUUCGUCGUAAUUCGGGUCCUCAAACAAAUUCAGACACUCCUGGAUGUGUUUGCACUGAGACUCAUACUUACUCUUGUCCUUCUCGCUCAUGUUUUGCAAGCAUUCUGGGUAUCUGUUUGCCAAGUCUUUCAACGGCUCGUACAACACUUGUUUGCUUGUAACCUGAGACAUUAGGGAGUCAAGCAUUGUUUCUAAUGCAUUGUAAUCAACGCCAACAUCUCCUGCACCGGAGCUAGGGUUGGCGCCGAACAUUUUUUCAAAGAGAUCUUCGUCUUUGAAUGCAUUCAUGUUUGGAAUGGCACCAUUAGUGCCGGCAGAAAGAGUGUCGAGGUUCUGAAUUUUUUCCAGGAGAUUGGCCAUCGCAUUGUUCGUUCCGUCGUCUGUCUGUUUCUUUUCACUCGUCUUCUCCUGCUUAUUUUUCAGUUCCUGUUGAGGAAUUUCAUCCAAAAUGUCUAUCAAUUUGUUAGCACGUUUAUGAUGUUCGUGAUGAAAUCGGCAAAACUUGCUGUUUUAUAACGUUUUGCAGAUUUCAGGAGAAAUUCGAAAUAUUCAGGAACUCAUACCAUCUAACUCAUCCAGUUCGUUUACAUUAGCAGUUUCUCUGCUUAAUUUUUGGUGAUGAUUCUGGUCCAUGGCAAAAGAGGUGGCUUUCUUUUGAAAAGUUGGUUGUAUUGCUAGAGGUUUUAUUUUGUUGAGGCGAGUUGAUGGCGAUUUCCGCCAGACUUCUCUAGUCACAAACAUUUCACUAAUCAGUCAAAAAAACUUCAUCAGGUGGUUUUUUCUGGGCAAUAAAGAAUACCACGAGACAUCAUUGUUUCAUUUCAAAUGCUAUUUUGUUCGUUGACUGAUGAUUGUUAUACUUUUGUUACAAACAAACAGUAUACGAAAGAGAAGUUGGCUGAGUAUGAAAACGCAAGUGUAUUAUUAUAGUUAAGGGAGCAACAUUUUCAGACUGAGUGUCAACAGGUUUUAAUCGUUUAAAAUCGCAUAUUGUUUGAAUGCAUCAGGUAUGCAAAGUUGACGAAUUACCAUUCCGCACCCACGUUGUUUAGAUUUUGGCAAAUUUUGUUUGAAUAAUUAUUGUUUUAAUGUUUUUCUGAGGGAUACUUUCUCAACGAAUUAAUUU